GAGCGGGGGGGCGGUCUGGCGCCAAAUUCAACAUUUGAAGCUUUCCGGCGGUUAUAGAUCAGCGCUGCUGCUGCUGUCUGUUACUAUCGAUUAUCUAUCGAUUAUCUAUCAGUUACUGUAGAGCGUCAGUUAUAGAGUAUAGAGUAUCGGGGCGCGCAGUGAGCAGUACAGCGGGGUAGCGCGGACUUUACAGGAGAGAUGUAUAUAAAGUCUAUAGUGCUGGAGGGCUUCAAGUCCUACGCGGAGCGGACUGAGAUCUCCGGCUUCGACCCGCUGUUUAACGCGAUUACCGGACUGAACGGCAGCGGCAAGUCCAACAUUCUAGACUCCAUCUGUUUUCUGCUCGGAAUCUCCAACUUAUCGCAGGUCAGAGCGUCUAAUCUUCAGGACCUGGUGUACAAAAAUGGGCUCGCUGGAAUCACUAAAGCCACAGUGUCCAUUGUAUUUGACAACUCCAACAAGAAAGAGAGCCCACUGGGGUUUGAAACCCACGAUGAGAUCACCAUCACCAGACAGGUGGUUAUCGGUGGAAGGAAUAAGUACCUCAUUAAUGGAGUGAAUGCUAAUAAUAUGCGAGUCCAGGAUCUUUUCUGCUCAGUUGGAUUGAAUGUGAACAAUCCUCAUUUUCUUAUUAUGCAGGGUCGAAUCACCAAAGUUUUGAACAUGAAACCACCAGAGAUUCUGGCCAUGAUUGAGGAGGCUGCUGGUACCAGGAUGUAUGAGUGCAAGAAACUUAGCGCUCAGAAGACCAUCGAGAAGAAAGAUGCUAAACUGAAAGAGAUUCAAACGAUCCUGGAAGAGGAGAUAACCCCUGCUAUGGAGAAACUGAAAGAGGAGCGUUCUUCCUACCUGGAGUACCAGAAGCUGAUGCGGGAGAUUGAGCACCUGAGCCGGCUGUACAUCGCCUGGCAGUUCGUUUGUGCGGAGGAGACCAAGCUGAAGUCGGCCGAGGAUCUGCAGCAGAUGCAGGCCUCCAUCACCGAGCUCCAGCAGAGCAUGCAGAAGAACACUGCUCGUAUCCAGGAGCUCAGUGAGGAGAUUAAAGCUCUGGAGAGAAGCCGAGACAAGGAGGUAGCAGGAGUGUUGAAGUCUCUGGAGGAGACUCUGGCUGAAGCACAAAGAGUGGAUACCAAAGCACAGAGUGCUCUCGACCUGAAGAAACAAAAUCUUAAGGAUGAGACCAAGAAAAGAAAAGAACUCGUCAAAAACAUGGAGGAGGAUAAGAAAAUGAUGGCAGCAAAGGAGGGCGAGGUGGGAAAGGCGCUGGAUCGGCUGAAGGCGGUGCAGGAGGAGGGGCAGAAAGACGCAGAGGCGCUGGAAGCGGCACAGCAGCACUUCAAGGCGGUGUCAGCCGGCCUGUCGGCCAAUGAGGAUGGAGAGGAAGCUACGCUGGCUGGGCAGAUGAUGACCUGCAAAAAUGACAUGAGUAAAGCAGAAACCGAGGCCAAACAAGCUCAGAUGAAGCUGAAGCACGCUCAGCAGGAGCUGAAGACUAAACAGGCCCAGGUGAAGAAGAUGGACAGUGGCUACAAGAAAGACCAGGACGCCUUCGAUGCCGUGCAGAAAUGCAGAGAGAAGCUGCAGUCAGAGCUGCAGAAGCUGAACUAUGAAGAUGGCAGAGAGGAGCAUCUGAUUGAGCAGAAAAGGCAGCUGUCCUGUAAAGUCAACCAGCUCAGAGAAACAUACGAUUCCUUCAUGAGCCAGUUCCCUAACCUCCGCUUCGAGUACAGGGACCCGGAGAAGAACUGGGAGCGCAGUAAGGUGAAGGGUCUGGUGGCGAGUCUCUUCACUGUAACUGAUGUGUGUUACUCGACCGCUCUGGAGGUGGUGGCGGGGGGUCGCCUCUAUAACGUUGUGGUGGACAAUGAGGUGACUGGUAAGAAGAUUCUGGAAAAGGGAGAACUGAAACGCAGAUACACCAUCAUCCCCAUGAACAAGAUCUCCUCUCGAACCAUCAACGACAACGUGGUCCAAACUGCUAAAAACCUGGUGGGGGAGGAGAACGUGCACACGGCUCUGUCGCUGGUUGGUUACGAGUCAGAGCUGCGUAAAGUGAUGGAGUUUGUUUUCGGGACCACGCUGGUGUGUGAUACGCUGGAUAACGCUAAGAAGGCUGCGUUUGAUAAGCGUGUGCACACCAAAACAGUCACUCUGGGUGGAGACGUGUUCGAUCCUCAGGGAACAGUGACGGGAGGUGCUUCUGCUCGGUCGGCUUCAGUUCUCUCUAAACUGGCCGAAGUCAAAGAUGUCCAGGAUAAUCUAAGGGCUCGGGAGGCGGAGCUUCUCGCUGUGGAAACAGAACUCGGCAGCCUGAAAGGAACUGCGGAAAAGUAUCGGCAGCUGAAGCAGCAGCUGGACCUGAAGACUGAAGAGGCUCAGAUACUGGAGACCAAACUGCAGCAGAGCUCCUUCCACAAACAGCAGGAGGAACUGGAGAACCUCCGCAAGACCAUCGAGGAGAGUGAGGAGACCCUGACGAAGACUAAGGAGGUGCAGAAGAAGGCGGAGGAGAAGUUCAGGGUGCUGGAGAAUAAGAUGAAGAAUGCUGAAGCUGAGCGAGAGAAAGAACUGAAAGCAGCUCAGCAGAAACUCAACCAGGCCAAGAGCAAAGCCGACGCCUACAACAAAAAACUCAAGGAGAGACAACAGGAGGCUGAUGCUGUAGCUCUGGAGCUGGAGGAGCUGAAGCGAGAGCAGGCCGGUUAUGAGCAGCAGAUUCAGGCAGUAGAUGACGCCAUGAAGGCCAUACAGGAUCAGAUCAGUCACAUGACCACUGAGGUCGCAGCCAAUAAGGAAUGUGUGCGGGAGGCGCAGGAGAAGUUAACCCAGCAGAAGGAGGUGAUAUUGGGACAGGAACGAGAGAUUAAAGGAAAAAGUGAAGAGGCCAAUCGUCUCCGAGAACAGAACAACGACGCCCAACUCAAGAUCAAAGAACUCGAACACAACAUCAGCAAACACAGGAAGGACAGCGCAGACGCUGCUGCAAGAGUGGCGCGUAUGCUGGCGGAGAACGACUGGAUCUCGUCUGAGCGCAGUCUCUUCGGUCAGCCCAACACCGCCUACGACUUCAAGACCAACAGUCCCAAAGAAGCCGGGCAGAGACUGAAACGCCUGGAGGAGAACAAGGACAAGCUGGAGAGAAACAUCAACCGCAGAGCCAUGAACAUGCUGAGCGAGGCGGAGGAGAGGUAUAAUGAGCUGAAGAAGAAGAAGAGGAUUGUUGAGAACGAUAAAGCGAAGAUUCUGGAGACGAUUAAAGAGCUGGAUCAGAAGAAGAAUGAGGCACUGAACGUGGCCUGGCAGAAGGUAAAUAAGGAUUUCGGGUCCAUAUUCUCCACGCUGUUGCCGGGGGCGAAUGCCCGCCUGGCCCCGCCCGAGGGGUGUGGCGUUCUGGACGGGCUGGAGUUUAAAGUUGCUCUUGGAAACACGUGGAAGGAGAAUCUGACUGAACUAAGUGGAGGUCAAAGGUCUCUGGUGGCGCUGUCGUUGAUUCUGGCCAUGCUGCUGUUUAAACCUGCUCCCAUCUACAUCCUGGAUGAAGUGGACGCCGCCCUCGACCUGUCUCACACCCAGAACAUCGGACAGAUGCUGCGCACACACUUCACACACUCUCAGUUUGUUGUGGUGUCUCUGAAAGAUGGGAUGUUCACCAACGCUAACGUCCUCUUCAAGACCAAGUUCGUGGACGGCGUUUCCACGGUGACCCGCACGGUUCAGAGCCGCGAGGGCAAGGUCCUGGCCCAGCGUCCCCAAGAUAAAGUCAAGGCCAACCGUCAGCGGCAGAUACUCGCCAACUAAACACCAGAGCGCUGAUUUAACCCUCUGUGUAAAUGAACCUCAGUGUUUCCCUGUGGCAACAAAAGAAAAACACCGCUAUUUUUAUUUACUAAUUAAAGCUAAUUACACUUAAUUACAUAUUCAAGUGUCGUUAUAUAAACAUUUUUACUGAAAGUAUUUUAAAUUGAGCAUUUGCAACCCGUGUGGCUCCACCCACAGAUUAAAUGUAAAAACACACAUCAACCCCAACUUUAAUUGGACAAACACAUGCAUUUUGUGGCACUAUAUUUAAAAACCUACACUUUUUUUUAUUAUUAUUAAAUUAAAUGGACUCUAAAAUAACCAAAUAAAUUGUUUUGUUUUGUUGUCCGAGGGAAACACCAUUCCAUAGAGGGUUAAAAUUUUGUGUAAAUAAGGUUUCUUGCUUUUUUUUUUCUGCCCCUCAGCACAUGUAUGUUUUAUAUAUUCCACUUUGAUAAUCUUACAUAUUUGUAGGUUUGAACUGAUGUGCAAGUUUAUAAAAUUAGACUAAAAUGUUCUUUUAAUAGUGUAAUAAUGCUUAUAAUGUACUGGCGGAGCUUUAAAACGUCUUAUGGGGCUUACAGUGAACCGGAUUUAUGUAAUUGUUGGUUGUGUAACUUUGUUCAUAUUUUCUAUCCUGAUUCUUAUUCUAUUCUCUGUAUUUUUGGUCUUUUUUUUUUUUUUUUUUUUUUUUAUUCCUAGCUUGUUCUAUAUUUAGGCUGUUGUUAAUAAAAGUACUUUUACCUGA